CCCUCACCCAGCCGCUCCGGCAAAGUAGUGCUGAGAGCAGGAUGAGCUACUUUGUGGACUCCACGGUGAGCAGCCCUGUGCCUUAUGCGGUAGCCCGUCCCACGACGGUGAGGCAGGGACCAUUCAACACGUACGAAGAUCCUCGGAUGACCUGUGGUUUUCAAGCCAAUUAUCACCAGCAAAGACCUGGUUAUCCAUUCUGGGAUGAGAUGGCCACUCAGGAAGUCCCGACUGGUCUUGAACACUGUGGCUCAGAUAUGGAAUGUGCAGAUGUCCCUCUAUUAACUCCUAGUAGCAAAGAAAUGAUGUCUCAAGCCUUGAAAGCUACUUUCAGUGGUUUCAGUAAAGAGCAGCAAAGACUGGGAAUCCCAAAAGAUCCCCGGCAGUGGACAGAGACCCAUGUGCGGGACUGGGUGAUGUGGGCGGUGAAUGAGUUCAGCCUGAAAGGUGUGGACUUCCAGAAGUUCUGUAUGAAUGGAGCAGCUCUGUGUGCCCUGGGUAAAGACUGCUUUCUUGAGCUGGCCCCAGACUUUGUCGGGGACAUCCUGUGGGAGCACCUGGAGAUCCUGCAGAAAGAGGAUGUCAAGCCCUAUCAGGUGAAUGGCGUCAACCCUACCUAUGCAGAAUCCCGUUACACCUCGGAUUACUUCAUCAGCUAUGGUAUUGAGCAUGCCCAGUGUGUUCCUCCAUCGGAGUUCUCCGAGCCCAGCUUCAUCACAGAGUCCUACCAGACCCUCCACCCCAUCAGCUCAGAGGAGCUCCUCUCUCUCAAGUAUGAGAACGAAUACCCCUCAGUCAUCCUCCGUGACCCUCUCCAAACUGACACCUUGCAGACUGACUACUUUGCCAUCAAACAGGAAGUUGUGACCCCGGACAACAUGUGCAUGGGGCGCACCAGUCGUGGUAAGCUCGGGGGCCAGGAUUCUUUUGAGAGCGUAGAGAGCUACGAUAGUUGCGAUCGUCUCACCCAGUCCUGGAGCAGCCAGUCGUCCUUCAACAGCCUGCAGCGCGUGCCGUCCUAUGACAGCUUCGACUCAGAGGACUACCCGGCUGCCCUGCCCAACCACAAACCCAAGGGCACUUUCAAGGACUAUGUGCGUGACCGUGCUGACCUCAACAAGGACAAGCCUGUCAUUCCUGCUGCUGCCCUGGCUGGCUACACAGGCAGUGGACCGAUCCAGCUGUGGCAGUUUCUUCUGGAAUUACUCACUGAUAAGUCCUGUCAGUCCUUUAUCAGCUGGACGGGAGAUGGCUGGGAAUUCAAGCUUUCUGACCCAGAUGAGGUGGCCAGGAGAUGGGGAAAGAGGAAAAACAAGCCGAAGAUGAAUUAUGAGAAACUGAGCCGUGGCCUACGCUACUAUUAUGACAAAAACAUCAUCCACAAGACGGCUGGUAAACGCUAUGUGUACCGCUUUGUCUGUGACCUGCAGAGCCUGCUGGGAUACACCCCCGAGGAGCUCCAUGCCAUGCUGGAUGUCAAGCCAGAUGCCGAUGAGUGAUGGACAUGGAAGGGGCGGGGCCAGCCCCGCUGAGACCUUGCAAAGAACACCCGCGUUGGUUGGACUCUGAAUUUUGAAUUGUUAUUCUAUUUUUUAUUUUCCAAAACUCAUUUUUUUACAUUCAGGGGUGGGAGCUAAGGGAGCUGCAGCUGUAAUCAAUUGUGUGUGGUUGGAGAAGAAAAGCCAGUCCACGUGGGGUGGGUGGGGCAAGAAGUUCUUGGGCAAAUUUUCAAGAGACAGAGAAGGGUCUUCUUAAAGGAGCUGGCUUAAGUGAAGAAGACUAGAGUAUCCAGUAAGUUUCUUCAAUCAUCCAUGAAAAAAAAAAACAUGUCUUGAUUUAGGAACCCAUUUGCCGGAGAAAUUGUCACAUCGAGAGUCAUAAGCUUGAUGGCAAGGCAGUUCAUUUCUCUUUUGUGUUUAAAUCUGGGGUGGCAGAAAAGGGGGUGGGGUGGCAAAAAAGUUUUUUGUGGGGGAUGCACUCAAGAUUGAGAUCUUUGGACCAUUUUCACUCUUCUUGUAAAACAAAGGUGGACUUCCAUGGGGGAGGGACCAAAAGUGUUUUUGUGUUAAAAUUUAUUUUAUUAAAUUUUGUGCCAGUAUUUUUUUUUUCUUAAAAAUCGUCUUAAGCUCUAAGGUGGUCUCAGUAUUGCAGUACCAUGCAAGUUUGUUUUUUUUUAUGAUUUGCAGGCUGAGGAUUCUGUCACAGUGAAGGAAAACUGUUUAUAUAGACCCCAUUGGAAAAGCUAGGCUCUCCGACUGAGAUCAGGGCUUCCAAAUUCAUGUGACUUCCACGUGAAGGAAACAUGAGUGCUGAUUUGGGAACAAGGGAACUAUGCAUGUGAAUUUCGUCUACAAUUUCAAAAAAAAAUUUAUCAUCACACCCCUUUACUUCUUUGUCCUUAGUGGAUUCUUGGGGUUUGGACUUAAUGUUGGAUUAAGAAACAUUGAGCCUUGGAACUGAAUGUAUUUUGUGAGCUCUGGUUUUGGGCCUUGGUCAACUUAGGAACACUGUUGAAGUCAUGAGAAGGAAACUCAAGGAGUAAGAGUGACUUGUGUCUUGAUUUGUUCUGUACCUGUAACAUAGAAGACUUGGAAUAAAAGCUGUAUGCACGGGCAUUA